UCAAUAAUAGCACCCCAGGUUAAGCGUUAAGUUGUAUGUUGAAUAUGAAUGAAAUGAGGAUCCAAUAUUGAAGACCAUGGAUUCCAAAUAAAUAAUAAUGGGUAGUGCAAAAAUAACCUUACAAAGACCAUCAUGACGAUUGCGAGAAGUCCUAUUUGUAUAGACUAAUAUGAUAGGUUUAGGUAUAUUCCCAAAAUGUUAUUGUUUUUGUAGCUCGAGCGCAUGCGUCAGUUAUUGGCAUUAGACCAUAAACUUUGACGACUUACAUCUGACAUCAUUUCGGCCAAUCAAGGGAUUUUGACGACAUAUCAAGGAAGUAGUCGCAUAAAGCAGUUCGUUGCGCAACACUAUGCCGUUCAUUGUUGAGGGAGGCGAACCAGGGGGCUGAGGGAAUCAUCCAAAAUCAUCACUACGCAUCAGAACAGAACGAAGCUCAACAAACAAUAUGCCAUUCUUCGUGUACCUGUGUUUCUUGUGCGCAUUUGGAGUAACCUGUUCAGGCAAUUCCACAACACCUCAGCCAGUGACGGAGGACAUCGAGCAGUGUUCCACAUGCGAGUUCAGGCACCAAAGCAAGCUGAUGAGACUACACACCAUCAAGUCCCAAAUUCUUAGCAUCCUCCGACUAGAACAAGCUCCAAACAUAAGCCGGGACAUGAUCAGACAGCUCUUGCCAAAAGCGCCGCCCUUACAGGAGCUUCUCAGCCAGUAUGAUAUCCAGGUGGAAGACAAGAAAGUUGGGACGGCCGAUGAUGGGGAGCUCGCCACCACUGAAACGAUCAUUACCAUGCCCACUGAGCCUCAAUCCAGCGUUCAAAAAAACGGAAUGCCAAGAUGUUGUUUAUUUUCUCUCAGUCCGAAGAUAUUACCCAACAACAUAUUAAAAGCCCAGCUGUGGAUUCACCUCCGGCCAACCGAGGAAGCCACGACUGUCUUCUUGCAGAUUUCUCGUCUAAAACCACUGUCAGAAGGCAACACAAGGGCUAUUAUUAGGUCCCUGAAAAUCGAGGUGGAUGCAGAAACCAGCUCUUGGCAAAGUAUCGACAUGAAUCAGCUCCUCCAGUCUUGGCUGAAACAACCGGAGACCAAUCUUGGUAUCGAAAUAAAGGCGUUUGAUUCCAAAGGAGUGGACCUGGCCGUUACCUCCACUGAAUCUGGCUCGGAGGGACUGAAACCCUUUAUGGAAGUGAAAAUAGCUGAGACGCCCAAACGGUCAAAGAGGGACACGGGGUUGGACUGUGACGAGAACUCCCCUGAAUCUCGCUGCUGUCGCUACCCGCUCACCGUGGACUUCGAGGACUUCGGCUGGGACUGGAUUAUUGCGCCUAAACGCUACAAGGCCAACUACUGCUCGGGAGAGUGCGAGUACAUGCACCUGCAGAAGUACCCACAUACUCACCUUGUAAACAAGGCAAAUCCGCGGGGUACCGCCGGACCCUGCUGCACUCCUACCAAAAUGUCUCCUAUCAAUAUGCUCUAUUUCAAUCGCAAAGAACAGAUAAUCUAUGGAAAGAUCCCCUCAAUGGUGGUGGACAUAUGUGGCUGCUCCUAAACUGUUUUCACAUCAUUGGUCUAAAUAGGAAACUGUAUCAGGGACUCUCAGGAUUUCAGGCGCAAGUUGAUACAGAGUUACUAAACGUUGAAGGACACCACAACGUGAUAACUGUCAUCACCUUUAGAGAGCCAAACCGUCCAACUUUAUCUUCCAUUCAAUAAUCAUAAAAACAGUAGUCCACAUAAUACAAUAUGCUACAUAAAUGUAUUUGUUUAACUUUUCCAAAUGUACAAUAUAUUAAUUGACAAAAAAUGAACACAGAGUCAUACAUGCAAAGAACAUAAGUGCAGUUCUGAACAAUAAUAUAACAUUUGAAGGUCAUCGAGAUAAACUCAUCAUCCUUUCUCUUCUUCUGACACUGUUUUAAAUCGGUUGUACACUGCUGUUAGGAGGCCGAUUUAGAACCGAUUGUGAACCGAUAUUGAACCGAUAUCUGAGUCGUACGACUCUUGAGUUGAGACGGAUUUCAGCUUUGUUGUGCAUUAGUUGUGGAGUGUAGUAGCCUACAGAGGGUAACUCACUGCACCUGUGCAAAAGUAUUGUGACUGAAGAGAACUGAAAACAUGGCAACAUUUUGACGGUACUUUGACCAGUUCUUUUACAUAGCCAUAGAGAUAACCACACAGUUCUGGGUUCAGGGGUGUCCAGAAAGUUUAUUUCACAUAUCGAGUGAGUAGUCGCCGCUUGACUAUCAGACCGUAUGUCGUGAGCUUUGGCUUGACAUUGCACGCAAAUUACUCAUACAGUACGAGUUGGUAUUUAACAAAAGCAUUGCUAAAAUCGUGCAGAGUGUGACAUCUGGCCGGUCUAGUAUGUUAUGUAAAAUGCGACGAAAAGCUUUUUUUUUUUUUGAAAAAGCCUCCAAAAGUACCCUUUCUCCCCCGAUAACCCCAAAACAAAAUGCAAUAAGUGAGGUCUCUCUCACCAUGCGGACUUGUAAACAAGACCAGAGCGCUUUGAUUUAAGGACGUGAACCUGGCUGCGGCCCCUUGGGAUUGUUUUGCUGUAGUGCACACUCUGGCUGUGUAGUGCACACUCUGGCUGUGUCCUCUGCAGUCUACGAGACCUUUUUGAGGACACGCUGACACGUGCAGCAACAGAUGGUAACCACUUGGAAUCCUCUCCUAAAAAAAUGUUGGCAAUCUCUUUAUUACCCUGCAAAUUACCCUAUUAAAAACCCUGCAAAAUCCUAAAAGUAACUAAUAGUUUUAAUCGGUCGUUAACCCCAUGUUCAGAAAACAAUAACGCCAUCAACAUGUACCCUUAUGGAGGAUGCUGACAAUAAAUCCCUUCUUGAAGGUCAAAAGAUUGCUGAACUUUAGCUCCCAAGCCAGCAGUUAUGACAUGAAGGAGCACAGUGCACGGAGUGGAAGGGUGAAAAGAAAUAUUUUGCAAUCCCGAAUAUGCGAUCAGAAUGUGCAGGGGGCAGGCUGGGGGCCGUCGCAAAUUUGGAACACGGACGGACAUCAUAAUAUAGUGUCCAACUGUUUAGGGAGCAGAGCAGUUCUCUUCAAGCAGCCAAGAUAACCAAGUCUUUAGAAAUCUGUGUUGUUUGAGAAAAUAUUGUUGGGAUCACUUCGAACAUGCACAGUCAGCAUCAAGUGCUUUGAGGGGGCAAGGGGGAGCAUGUAUCAAGCUUUUGUUUGAAAUGUGAUGAGAGGGUAACAGUCUCUUUCGCCAAGGGCAUAGUUCACUCAAAAAUGCAUGCAAACAUUCAGUUUUCAAAAAGCGUAGAAAUGUCACUCUUUCGUAAAAUGCACAAAUUCUUAUCAUGAGAUGGCUCCACCAGAACUAAGAUGAACCCUCUCCAAAAAAAACAUUUUCCUGUUCCAAGCACUCAAAGAAUGAGCAAAACUAUUAGUUAAUGAAUGCAGUCUUAUCUGUGGCUAUCAAUAUUUUCAUUUUGCUGUGCCAAGAAAGAUUUUUUUCCCCCUGGAUCAUCAACAGCUGUCUUCAGCUUUUUGAAAUUUGGGCUGGGCAACUGUACUGACUUAAUAUGUUGAUAGAACCCUGGUCUAUCAUCCUUGCACUUUGGUCUGAGAGAUUGUUAAUGGUAGAACUAUGGUUUUGGUAAAUGUCUGUAUUGCUUCUCGAUGUAUCGGGAUGCAUAAGUCGCAACUCAAUAGUUAGAUCUGUAGUUUUGGGAAACACUUGUGUUGCAAUUGCAUAGUUCCAACCAUAAAGGUAUACUUUUGGAAAUUACA